UGAAAUCGAAAAAUGGCGUUCUGUACAGCUGUGGGUUGCGCAAUUUAUAUGUAAAUGUUUGUGAAAAGCCUAUUCAAUAAAAAUAAUAAACGGGUAAUUAAUAAUCUGAAACCUGAAAAUGUUCUUUUCACAUAAGUUAAACCGUCAGUAUUGUGUAGUGUUCUAGUAUUUUUCGUAAGUGCAUACCUGUCAUGGACCGUCUAUUUUUUGUGUUGUGGUGAUGUAUUGGAAUAAUAAAUAAUGAAACGAAAAAUAAUACGGCUGUGCAAAUAAUGAUAAAAUGAUGGCUAUGUUAUGGGUGGUAUUAUUUUUGGCCUCUUCAGGCUUAUACACGGUAAAUGGUUUGCCAAUUGGACCAACGCCGCAAGCCUACCCUCAUGAUUCGAAUGGUAUAAUCCCAGCAUGGGGUACGGGAGGUGGGCUGUACGCGUUACCAGCGCUGGCGUUGGUUAUCACAGCGGUGGGACUGCUGUUCGGAUGUACUUGGUGCUAUCGGCACAACGAUUGUAAAUUAUUCACAGCGAGCGCGACGCACCUGCACGAUGCGCGCCGCUCGCAGCCGCCGGACUCGGGUUUCUCCGAGCCGGUCAACAACAACAUCAGCGAGGACAACAACAACGGGCCUAUCUCGUUGCGUGAAAUGCAGAAUAUUGCGAACAACAACGCAGCGGCGUACAUCAUAAGUGAGAAUGAGGAGCGGAAUAGAGUGAGGGACUCUGUGGUGGAGUUCGAGCCGCUACCGUCAGGGAUACGUGUCCUAGACCCAUUAGAAAGAUGCGCUGAUUGGUUCGGUGGGGAGGACUUUCCGAGGAGUCAGCUGCAGUACCUUCGAGAAAUAGGCAGAGGAUGGUUUGGCAGGGUGGUCGAAGGCGAAGUAGAAGAUGGUCCCUCAUCAACAACAGUAGCAGUGAAGAUAUUGAACCAAAACGCAAGUUUGGAAGAUAAGGCGCGGUUCCUUGACGAAGCCAGGAUGUACCGCGACAUCAGUCAUGAGAAUGUUCUGCCGUUUAUAGCCAAGUGUCUCACGGAGGACCCUUGGCUGCUGAUGUUCGAGCUGUGCUCUAUGGAUCUUCAACAAUACCUAGAGAUGAACCGUCCCAAAAUGGCGAUAUUGAACGAGAGCGGAGUGCCUCUGCAACUUAUGUGUGACGUCAGCUCGGGGUUGGCGCAUUUGCAUUCUAGAGGAUUCCUUUAUGGUACACUGUGGAGCGGUACAGUGUUAGUACGUGGUACGGAGACAGUGCGUGCUGUACUGGGCCAGUACAGUGAGCGUGAACCCGCUCACCAAUGCACCGCGCCCGAGUUGGAAAGGCACCCGCCUGUGCACACGGGUGCCAGCGAGGUGUGGUCGCUCGGGUGCGUGGUGUGGGAGGUGUGCGCGUGGGGCGCGCCGCCGCCGCGCCGCCCGCCGCCGCCGCACCUGCCGUGCCCCUACAGGGCGCAUCUAUACCAAGUGAUGCAACUCUGCUGGAAUCCAGUACCGGAAAAUCGGCCCACAGCGGCUCAAGUGCACGCGUUGCUAAACCACCUUCACACGACACACUCGCGCACCGACAGAGACGAUUCACACUUCGAGGAGCGCUGGCAGAGACUCAAACCCAAUACCAUUCCCAAAAUAGACGAACACGUCGCCAUAGUACACGCUCCAUCCACGUCCACAGACUCGCAAUUCGGAUCCGACCCAGAAUUCGAAAGCGCACACACCUUACCAGAUUCUCUUAGUGUUGGCGAUACUGCAGUUUCACGAUCCAGUAGCAUCAUGUCGGAUAGAGAACCGCUAUCGGUUCAAAUUAAAUCGGACAGUCUAAACAACCUCCACGGCUCCUUUGAAGACGUUGGAAAUAUCUACCUGACGCACAACGAAGCGGCAGCCAUGGAUUGCCAUCAAGGUAACAUUGGCAUGGAGGAAAAAGAUCAAGAUCGCUCUGAUAGUUCCGUCGACCCGUGGUUAAAAGACAUAAUCCAAGGUAGUCAAGAUGACGUCAGUUAUUUCAAAGACGUAAGCGACGUCAUUAAGAAUCUGGAUAAUAUAUUGAACUCAGAAAAAACGUCGAGUUCAGAGUCGAGCCACCAAGCCAGUCCGUCGAGGGACAAUUUGAGCUUGGAGUGCAAGAAAGACUACCCGAUGCAAACGAGUCUCGUCAAGUCACCGGGUAUAAGGAAUUUCCAGAAUAUUCUCGAAAUGGGAUUUGAUUCGAAAUCGGAGGAAAACCAAACGUGCGAAGAUGACGUCGACCGUGACACUAUAGGCACUUUGAGUCACUCGUUCGAACGCCACAGCGACAGCACCAGCCAGUACACGCUAGAAAAUAUAACGCCCGAAACGCCAAUUAAAGAUUUCAUACCCAACUUCAAUGAAUCUCCUACAAACGAUCAAAAUAUUAGCUUAGUUAUUGAGAAUAAACAAUCUUUGCCUCACGAUAAUGAAUUGCCAAACGAUAGUAAGUUAGAAGAUAGUGAUAUAAAUGUACCUAAGCUGAAGGAAUUAUGUGAAGCCACAAUACCUAGUUUAAGUAAUGGAAUGGGAAAUGAAAAAGACUGUACAUCGCACGAUAGUAAUGUUAACGUAAGGACUGAUACUUCGGAACAAACUAAGUCAAUAGAUUUAAUGCCAAGCGAAGGAAUUGAUAAGUUAGAAGAAGUUAUUUCGAUAAGUGAAACAAAUGAAGAACAAGGUAUACUACAAGAAAUGGCAAGUGAAGAAAUACCGAUGCUGAAUAAUAGUUCUGAUAAAAACAUUGAUAACGUUUUAGUUACUCCUCUAGUCAGUAAGGAUCUUAGCUUUUUAAGUGAUAGUAAAAUUGAAAAAUCAGAAGCUUCAGCACUAAGUGAAGGUUUUAAAAAUUUAGAAUACAAUGUUUUACAGACACAUGAUAUUGAAAAUGAAGUAAAUGAUUUUCAUAAAGAAGAUGUAAAAUUUGAUGAAGGAAAUGUCUCAAUAGAUAACAUAGAAGAACAAGAACAUUUACCAUUGAUAUCAGAUGAAAGAAUACAUAUCGAAACUUUGGAUACAGUUGUUUCUGUGUCUGAUAAUACAGAUAUUGCUGAAAAUAAGCAUGUUGUGAUGCCUGAUCAAGUUGAAUCUCUUGAAAUUAAAGUAGCAGACGAUGUUAGACUGCCAACUUUGGUAGAAUCGCCUGUCGAAAAAUAUCACUGUAGUCCAUCAAAAAGCGAUCUUUCUGUAGAUAACAAAGUAGUUCCUGUUUCUCUUGGAAACAGCGAAGCAUUUUUAAAAGCAGAAAGAGAGGCACAACAAAAGCAACUUUGUGAAGUAAACAUCCACAAAGAAUUACAAAGUAUACCAGUAACUGAUAUCAAAGGUGAUGUUGCUUUGGAUUUUGAAGAAACAUUUGAUAGAAAUAAAGAUAAGGAAUUGAAUGAUGAAAUGCCUGUUCCUGGUACUAAAACAGUUAACUUAGUUGAAUUUGAUAAUAUUAGUUUAAGCGAAAGCGCUAAAUUACAAUGUGAACACGACGUUAUACCUAGUGAUACCAACAAAGACAUUGAUCAUGAAAUUAAACAAAUAACAUCUCCAUUAGACAUUGUUCUUCAAAGUUCCAACACGAAUGAAGAGUUGAUUGAAAAGCAACUUAAUGUAGAAAGUGCGCCAUUGUUAGAAGUGAAACAAACAAACUUAGAAAAUGUAGCAGAUGUUUCAGAGCUUCCUGAUUCAGUACAAAUAAGUGAUAGUGCAUCCAUUGAUACAAGUAAUACUCUUGAAUCUCAUGAAAAUCUCUUAAAAAUACAACCUGAUACACCUGAAAUAGUACAAAACACUAGUAGAGAAAUAGUUUUAUCAGAUUCCCAAUUAGAUGAAAGUGUAGAAGAUCAAGCAACUGUUCAGUAUAAAUCUUUGCAAUCGGUACAUGACAAAGUGCCGAGCGAGUCUACGGAAAGUACGGUUUAUAUGGAUCUAUCGAGUAAUACAAAUAAUGAAAUAUUUAACGACAAUAAUAAAGAAAAUAUUCAAGACGUAUCUUAUAUGGAAAUUUGUGAUAUGGAAUCGAUUGCUUGUGGUAGUGGCAAAAACGAAUCAACAGUGUAUUUAGAUCUGCCCAAUGUGAUCAGAGAAAUGGAUGUAUUUUUGCAUUCGGAAAAGAUUUUGAGCAGUCGAGAUGUCGAAGUUAAAGAUUCGAAUGAAUUUAAAGAUGAGAAUGUAUGUUCGAGUACGCCUCUAGGUAGCAAUAGUUCGGUAGAAAAUGUCAUAGAUGAUGUCCCAGAUAAUGAAACACUUGUGGACCCGGCUAUACCAGAUUACGGUCCAGGGGUGUCAGUAACGAAACUAGAACAGAAAAGUGUUCCGGAAAGCUUGAGCCCAUUCGAGUCUCCAACCAAAAGUCACCACACAGACACGUACGAUGAAAACAGUUCCGUAGUUUUAGGUCCGUUUGAAAAUUGCACAUUGGAGCUAUACAAAGGUUUAAAAUCGGGCACCGACUUUGUAGAUUUACCUAAAGAGGAAAUAUUGGCAUUCUCGUCGAACUUUAGCGAAAUAAACCUCGAAACGCCAUCACCACUACGCGAUGGUAACUUCCUAAACGAAGUGCCAGAUUUAUUGCAUGACGACUUACAAUAUAACGAUCCGUCUACGAGUGAAUCGAAGCCAGUUGCAUACGAAUCACCCGAUAAUAAUACCGAUGAGACGUCGACUACAGAAAAGCGUGUUUCACCAUCGACUCCACCGAAUUCUCCAGGCAACUUUCUAGCCUCCACGUCUCAGCCAACAUAUAUAGUCGAUAUAGAUCUCGAAGCGAACGAACCGAUACAGAAUAUCGAUAUGAACGAAAUAGACAUGCAAAUGACAGCCAAGUUGGCCAUGGCUGAAAAUGAAAAUAACAUGAAUAUAGAAUAUUCUGGACCGUUAGAAGAAGUAGUAUUGGAUGAAACUAUGUCUCGAUCGAACGACGCAUUGCCAGAGUCGUAUUUGGCCGGGAACGGGGGGCCUGUUGAAGACGCGCCUGAGAAUAGUGUUAUCGAUGAAGAAAGAAUGAAAGAACUAAGGAAUGAAUUGGAAUUGAAACUGCCAUUAGCUCAGGUUGCAGGAAUAGAACCCGCAACUUCGUGGACAGAGUUACCGCCUCCCCCCGAACUGCUGGUGACGUACGGCGCACUUAGUCCUAUCGCUGAGGAAACUAAGUGCCAGCUAUCCGCUUAUGAAAAUGAUGAUAAUUAUUGGAACUUAUCCGGACUAACUGAGUCAUCCUCAUCGUGCGGUGAAGCAGCUCGUUCAGUCGGCUCGGAGCCGCCGUCCGCGCCGAACCACUCCACCUACACCGUGUGUACCGAUCGCUCGAGGACGUAUACAUUGCCGCCAGUUACAAUGAGUGCUGAUAGCCUUAACGCCAGUCCUUUGAAGAAAGCUCCCGAAAACGUUACGUCACCGAUAAACGAUCGAACUUAUAAUAAAGACGAUGAAGAGAAUGAAUCGAACUGUGAAAGAAUAUCGCAAGUGUCGCCAUUUCUUCUAAGUCCGUCUACAGAUAUAUCUGCCCCUGAUAACUCAGACUUGAACGCUGCGUUAUCAACGCUUUCUAAAAUAACUGUCCCAACGGAUGCCAAGUCGUCAAAACCCUCUGAAACACAAUGCUUGUCAAAAGCAACGAGCAUAGAUUCGUGGUGUUCCAACGAUACACUUUACAAUGUGGAAGAAAACUUUGAUGAUCUAGCCAUGGAUCCCGAUAUACCAUUGGAUUUUGAGCCCGAACAAGAUGCAGAAAAGAGCGAAAGCGAAGACACUCUCACUCAUAAUGGAGAUGAUAAAGAACUCAGCCAUUGCUCCACGUACAUUGUUCACGAUAGCAAGUCAGAAGCUUGUGAGACUUUCUCUCCCGAUUCUAUAACAGCGAACGAUAAUUAUACUUACACGAAAAUGAAGACAGGCACGACGCCUUCAGUCAAUACAGAGCUCAACGAUUCGACAAAAAAUACUCAAACUAAAGAUCUAGCAUACGGCACGCUUGCUUCCGGAAUGCCGUCUUAUUCUAAUUGUACUACAGAACUAGCGUCUGGUUUCGACGAUACAUGGAAAUUACCUCAACCAGAAUUGGUGAGACGAUCUCCUGUCCCCGAUGAUGUUAAUUUUACACCACCACAACAAAUUGAAGAUAAAAGUAUUGAUUGUGGAAGUCCACAAGUAUUUUUGAAGCCUAGCCUCAAAAAGAUGGAUAGCGUAGAGAUCACCUGUUUCAAUGAACAAUCGGGUGACAUGGAACAUUCAUUAGUUAUUGAACAUCCUCUCGUGUCGGUUGAAGUGAAUGAUAGUCCCAAUAUUAAUUUCAAAGACAUGGCGCAUACCGUCACAAGUACACCGGUGACAGAAACAGACAACGACAAAGAUAAUGUAGAAGCGAUUCCCUGCGACAUCCCAAACUUAAAAGUAGAUCAAAUCGAUUCUGAAAUGAGUGUCAAUAGCUUAACAAAUUUCCAAUCGUUUUUACAUUCUGUUGAAAUCCGACCGCAAGACAUAUCAUCCAACAAUAGCAAGGAAGGCGGAACAAACUCUGAUACAGACAUUUUCGAAAGUGAUAGCAAAAUAUUUAGCAAAAAUAGCAACGCUGACAGCCUUGCUGUCUCGAAAAAGACUAUGUCAUAUUCAGAUUUUGAAAAUUCAGCUGUUACAAAACCUCAGGAUCUCCAUUCGAGGCAGAAGUCAAGUCAAAGUAUGGAGAGCGGUGUCGGCUCUGAGGAUUUUCGGAACUUUGAGACCUCUGUGAGAGAUCGACCGCAGGAUUUAUCAUCUUUGAUCGACGCUAGUUCCCUCCUACUAAAAAGUGAAAGGCGAUCUAGUGAGAUCGCAGCUAACAGCUUUGCAAACAAAACAUGUGACAUACCAGAACAAUCGACUAGCAAAAUUCCACCUGAACCAUCAAUUAUAAUCAAUCCAACGUUCAAAAGUUUUAGGGAAUCACCAGAAAUGGAUGUUUAUCAAUCGAAUAUAUUUAUUACGGACUUAGAUAUUGAAGAUGAAAAUGAACAACCUCAUUCUAUUAUCAUCACCGAAAGUCCGUUGUUAGCAAGAAUGAGUACGAGCAAUAGUUUCGACUCUCAUAAAGAAGAAAAUCGAAAAAUGCACUUCGAUUCCCAUGUAAACGAAAGAGAAACAAGACCUUUUGAUAUUAGUCCAAAACUGGAAUCAAAAGUAAAUGGAAUGAACGCUGAAACAACACAAAAUAGAGACGAUAGUACAAAAUCCAAUGUUUUAAUAUCUCCAAGUGGUUCGGAAGAAAAAAACGACAAAGUUUCGAACGAGCCUGUUGAAACAAAACAACCAGACGAAGAUAAACAAGAAGAUAGUAUUAAAUGCAAUGGUAGCAAUGAAGUAUUUGCAACAGUAAAUUUUUUAAACGAACCCUUUGAAGAGCUCUUAGAGAGUAACGUCGAUGAUAAUGAAAGUAAUAACGAUUUGAACAAAGAAAUGUGUAGCGAAAUAUCGACUUUGAAUUUAUCAACCAAUGAAGCUAAGAGCCCUGAGGGAAAUGAUUCGGAAUCAUACGUGAAUAUACAAGGUGUGAAUGGUGAUGGUGAGAGUCAAGCUACUACGGUGACGGAGGAUUUUUUACAAAAUGAAAAGAAAUUUUGUCAACUAGACUCGUAUCUGCCCCUCCUGAGUGAUAUAAGAUUCACAGGUCCCGGAUCAGAAAUAAUGAGCACAUCGUUCAGCCAAGACUCGCCCACAGAGCCAACGUCCCCCGAGUGUGACAGAGAGAGCGGGACGGAGAAACUCGACAAACCCACCGACUUGUUGAAAGAGUGGGACAGCGAUACUGACUCGCAUUCUACUAACUCCUCGAGUGGGGAGUUUAUUUGGAAGGACGGUGACGGUCGCGAGACUGCGCUUGUGCCGACCACGCGCUUCAAUCACCAACGCGACAGUGGUCAACCAAGCCGCGUGGAUGACGGUUCACGGGGCGGAGGCUCCGCGUCGAACGACUCGUGCUCGGGCUCCGGCUCGGGCUCGGGCUCCGAGGGCGAUGAGGUGGAGUUUGUGCCCUCCUCGUGGGACUGCAGGGCGGCGCCCUCCAAGUCUUCGUUGAGGAGCUUGGAACAGCCGGCGGACGGCAAGAAGCGCGUGGUGUUCAAGCGGCAGAAGUACCACUGCGUGUACGAGUACCCGCGCGAGGCGUGCGACGAGCUGCAGUCGCCCGCGCACUAUCUGCCCGACCUCUCCACUUAUUGCGACUGGGACCCAUCAAGCGUAGAGGAAGCGGAGGCGGGUUACGGGCAGCUGUUCGGUUCGCCCGCACCGCUUGAUAUGUUGCCGCUGCGGGCCGGCAUCGCUUUCGGGGCCGACUACGACGACGAUUUCUUCAUAUCGUCAUCAGCGCGACCGUUUGAGCUGGGUGUUCUAUCCACAACGAGCCAGUUCUUCCCCGGCAUGCACCUCAAGCAGCAGCUCGUGCCCGCGGACGACUUCCCCUCCCCCUCCCCACCACCACCCGCCACUCUACCCCCCCUCACACCAACCCUCGACUUCACCACCCCAGACUCAGGAGUAGAAGACAUCACCCCCGGAUCGACCAUAGAUGACGACUUCAAAAAGAUCUCGGAAGAUUGGAAACCGGAUAGCACGAGUUCCAGCGAAUCUGUCAGCCCUAGCUCCCCCGGGGGCGAAGCGCUAGGCGGUUUGAGACAUACGAGAGACAAACUUAAACUAGACCUACCCCCCUCACCUCACCUACCCUCGCCGAGACACAACAGAGUGUUCAAUUUCGUUCUAGAAAAGCCCAAAAGACCAAGCGAAGGUACAACACCGUUGGUGAUGAGUGAUGAAACGCCCGUCAUCACCAUGGCUUUACCCAUGUCGAAGGAAAGAGAUGAUCCCAUGCCUGAACCAACUUUUUCCACUUUUGGCAAAACUACCUGUAAUUCGACAGCUGAUACGAAAAAUAUAGUGCUCGAUGAAGAAAAAGAUGAUAAAGUGGAACCGGUGAAGGGUGAAGGAACAGUUCUGGAUAGCGGUGAUGAAGAUUCCGGCAUCGAAAGCAGUUCCAAAGCCACCCUGGAGAGGAAACCGGCAGAUGUCUCGUAGAAAUUCAAGUUUUUAUGUCUUAUGAGCAAUUUUAAAGUCAAAUAAAUUUCUCGGUGUCAAAACUAGCGUUAUUGCGAAAUAAUGUCGCAGUGAAAUCGUAACUGAUGAAACUACAUUUUCUUAUAUAAUAAAGAGUUAAGUACGUAUAAGUAUGUCAUAGUUGGCAAGAGAAUUGUGUCCGAUUGUCGCUCACAGAACAGCCAUAUUGAUUGAACCGAUUGAUACAAAACAAGCCAUUUUAUUUUAAAUGUUGUCUAAUUGAAAAGUAUAAAAAAAUAUUUCUCUCUCUUAUACUUCGAGAAAUUUCUUCAAAUAGACAACAAACUAGUAAUGUACAUAUCGUAACAGCUACACAAUCUCUCAGCCCAGUGAAUUUUACAGAACAAUGGUACAAAUAACCGUGAAUUAUUGCAACUGUAGAUACAUAGAUGUAAUGCUUAUACUAAGUUAGAGCCUACACUUUGGCCUACGAUUGUACUCCGUCAGAAUAAAUGCUAGAUCUUUAAUACGUAAUUUUUUUAUGUUAUGAAAAUAUUAAAUUUGCCAAAUGUGCGCUAAGAUCCGCGCACACGACGCAUCUUCCAUCGUGUUGUAUGUUUGUGUGUGGGGAGAUGCGGUCCGAAUAUAUAAGACUAAUGAUCGCCAUACAACUAUUUUUAGUAAGUAAUUUUUUAAAGAAAUUAAGGCUUUAUAUAUAUCCAGGUCUUUUCUCUCUUUUUGAAUAAUAAUAAUUUGAAAAAUAAAUAGUCAAAAUCGAUACUAAAUAAAAGUUACUAAAAUCACCUUUUUCGAUAAAGAUAGUAGUGGCACUAUUGCAUUACAUUUAAGAAGUUAGAUUUUUUAUAGUUAAUAUACUUCUCAUUUUAACGACAAAUAUUUUAGUUAUAAAAGUCAAAAGAGCCGCAAAAUAGUAAUGAAUCGCCCUAAUUAAUUAUAUAUUAUGUACUUAUCAAUUUAUUGCAUUACUAAUUUUUAUUUAAAAUUUUCUUCUCUAUUCUUAUUUAAGCUUUUCUUAUUGUUUUUUUAUGUUAAUUGCAUGUGUAAACUCUACUUGCUUUAUUUUAUGUUACAUAACAUGUUGUUUUCCGGUAAUCCGGAAAAACUGGUAAACCGGUAAAUCCCAAUAAAAAUAUGUGUCGUUAAAAUGAGAAUCCCGUAUAUUUGGCGAUCGAGUCUUACCCAAAAUACUCGUUUCAUACCGCCAUAGACACUCGCACAAACUUUUGUACGUCGCACAUAAAUAAAUACGGAUCGCCUUCAAGUUGAAUCUCAUAGUGAUUAUUUCGGGCCGCAGCUCUGGGCGUCCACCUCGAGCCAAUUGUUAGUUAAGCGGAACUUUAUAUAGUGUUAGUGUCGAGUGAAUGCGUUGUAAUGUCGAUGACACACAACUAUACAAUCAUUAUGGACCCUCUACACAAUGGGCAGCGUUGGCCCAACAAAUGAUCGUCCAUGUUUGCCGCCAUUACGGCAACUAUGAAUAAACACCUACAAUGGCAGAUGAUCAUAGACGUUUAGGCCCUUUACUAUCGUGAUUGCCACUACUCGCCUAACGCUGCCCAUUGUGAAAAGGGCUCAUUGCCCUAUUUUUACUUCAUAAAUUCUCAUGUGUGUCAUCGGCAGUGUGUGUGUGCGUGCGUGCGUGUGUAUGUACACGCGAUACGUCCAAGUGUGAACCUGAUGUGCAAUCCUUCUCAUUUCCAUAUCGAUUUAUUGUAAACGCGUUUUAGUUUUACGUGUAAAUAUAAUUUAAAAGUUUAUUAUUGAUUGAUGAUUUUUUUUAAUUAUUAUUAUGGAAAUUUAUUAAUACAUGUUUAUUGUUCUUUUACGAUUUAGAAUGUUUCGUUAAUGUACAGAUGUAAAUAAGCGAUGUUCAUUUUGUUGCAAUUACAAUUAGGAUAACGCUUGAUUAGAGAACGGGGUAGCGUCGGUAUUAUGUAAGUUACGACUCUAUCAGUGUAAUUAGAUUUUAUAAAUAUUAUUAUACGAUUAGAAAUCUCAACGAUUCGAUGGUUUUCUUUAGAUCACAUUUACAUUUAAUUAGUGAUUAUUUGAAUGAAUUGUCCAGUAAUUAUGGUAUUUAUUGUUUGUAAGUUGUUAAUUUGUAUGAGUUGGCAGUAUUUAGUGGAUGAACGCAUCGGAUGUCUUUACAUAUUGUGACUUGUCGAGUCUUUUAAAGUAUUUAUAUGGAAAAUAAAUAAUUAAAUAUGA